AUGUAUCUGCUCCAUUCAAUGCAUUUUUGCAGAUUCAGGAAGAAACCUUUAUCAGAAGCUUUUCUCUGGUUAAAACUACAAGAAAUAUUCUAUGGCCUCAAAAGGAGAAUAGCUAAUGCUGAAAACAAAUUCAUGACCAACCUAAAGUCAGAUAGAAAGGCUCUUCUUGAUUUUGUUUCUGGUGUACCUCAUGGACGGAGACUCAAUUGGAACACUAAUUCUUCAGUUUGCACAUCUUGGUCUGGAGUCAUUUGCAGUCCAAAUGGUACUCGGGUAGUGGAGCUCCGGCUUCCUGGAAUUGGACUCCUUGGUCCUGUUCCACAAAACACCUUAGGUAGGUUAGAUGCACUCGAGACUCUCAGCCUCCGAUCCAAUCUCCUGGACGGGAAUCUUCCAUCUGAUAUUCUCUCUCUUCCUUCCCUCCGCUACGUAUACCUCCAACAAAACAAUUUCUCAGGUGACAUACCUUCGUCUCUUUCUGGACAACUAAAUGUGAUUGACUUUUCCUUCAACUCUUUAGCUGGGAACAUUCCAAUCACAGUUCAAAAUUUGACAAGUCUCAGUGUUUUGAACCUACAGAACAAUUCUCUCACGGGUUCCAUUCCUGAUUUCGACCUUCCAAUGCUUAAACAAUUGAAUUUAAGCAAUAAUCGACUGAAUGGUUCAAUUCCAUCAUCCCUCAAAGCAUACCCUGCCUCCUCAUUCGUAGGAAACUCUAAGUUGUGUGGGAAGCCCUUGAGUAAAUGUUCUUCUAUAACACCCUCGCCUUCUCCCUCUCCCUCUCCCUCUCCCUCGCCUUCUCCCUCUCCCUCUGCCCCUUCCUCUCCCUCUCCCUCUCCCUCUGCAUCUCUUUCUCCUCCUGAAGCUACCUUUCCUUUAUCUCCUUCUUCGUCUGUCCAGCCAUUUUCACCAUUGGUUCCUGAAAAGCAAAAAUCCAAGAAAAAGUUGAACAAAGGGACUACAAUUGCCAUUGUAGCAGGUGGUUCUGCAGUGCUAUUUGUCCUAGUUUUAGCGAUGUUGGUAUAUUGCGUGAAGAAAAGGAAAACUGCUGGAGGCAGUGUACCGAAUGGGAAGCCCUUACAUGGAGGAAGAAGCGAGAAACCUAAGGAAGACUUCAGCAGUGGAGUCCAAGGCUCAGAAAAGAACAAAUUGGCUUUCAUAGAAGGCUGUUCCUACAAUUUCAAUCUUGAGGAUUUAUUGAGAGCCUCAGCUGAGGUGCUGGGUAAGGGAAGCUAUGGUACAACAUACAAAGCUAUCUUAGAGGAUGGAACAAUAGUGGCUGUGAAGCGUCUCAAAGAAGUUUUUGCUGGGAAAAGAGAGUUUGAACAACAAAUGAAGACUAUUGGGAGGUUGGAUCAACACCCAAAUGUUGUUUCCCUUUGUGCUUAUUACUACUCCAAGGAUGAGAAACUCCUAGUCUAUGACCACAUGGCUAAUGGUAGCUUGUCCACACUAUUACACGGAAACAGGGAGUCUGGAAUAACACUUGAUUGGGAAUCGAGAUUGAAAAUUUCUUUUGGAGCAGCAAAGGGAGUUGCACAUAUUCAUUCGGUUGCUGUUGGGAAAUUGACCCAUGGAAAUAUUAAGUCUUCCAAUGUUCUCCUUAACCAAGACUUAAAUGGCUGCGUCUCAGAUUUUGGUCUUACUCCUCUCAUGGGACUCCCCACGGUUCCAUCAAGAAGUGCGGGAUAUCGAGCACCUGAAGCAAUUGAAAAUAAGAAAUCCACCCAAAAGUCUGAUGUCUACAGCUUUGGUGUUCUCCUCCUGGAAUUGCUCACUGGUAAAGCUCCAGUUCAGUCACCUGGUCAUGACGAAGUAGUAGAUCUACCACGAUGGGUCCAGUCUGUCGUGAGAGAAGAAUGGACAGCAGAGGUUUUUGAUGCCGAUUUGAUGAAGUAUCAAAAUAUUGAAGAAGAAAUGGUGCAAAUGCUUCAGAUUGCUAUGGCAUGUGUUGUGAAGGUGCCUGAGAUGAGACCUACAAUGGAUGAAGUUGUUAGGAUGAUAGAGGACAUCCGGCAAUCUGAUUCCGAGAACCGGCCAUCAUCAGGGAAGUCCGUGAGCCCGAUUAGUCCAACAGUGUAA